GGUGGGGUGGGGUGGGGAAGGAACCUGAACACACUCUAUCAAAGCAAGGAUGACUUUGGUAAGGAUUCGGAGGAGUUUCCGGCAGGUGUCUCCUCAGGUGGUGCUGUUCUUGCUGUUUGCCUUCUGCCUCCUCAGCGUUUUUGUCUCGGCCUAUUAUUUAUAUGGGUGGAAGAGGGGACUGGAGCCCUCGGGGGACAUCCCAAGCCCGGACUGUGAUGAACCGAAGGUCGCCCCUUCUCGCCUGCUUCCGCUGAAGCCCAUCAAAGUGGUGGAUUCUUCUCGCACAGACCCUUUGGUCCUUGUGUUUGUGGAAAGUCUCUACUCCCAGUUGGGCCAGGAGAUAGUGGCCAUCUUGGAGUCCAGCCGCUUCAAAUACCUGACUGAGAUUGCUCCAGGGAAGGGGGACAUGCCCACACUGACGGACAAGGACCGAGGGCGCUUUGCACUGAUCAUCUACGAGAACAUUCUGAAGUAUGUGAACCUGGACGCCUGGAACCGCGAGCUCUUGGACAAGUACUGUGUUGAGUACGGUGUAGGAAUCAUUGGCUUCUUCAAGGCCAAUGAGAACAGCUUGCUGAGUGCUCAGCUGAAAGGCUUCCCCCUUUUUCUCCACUCCAACCUUGCGCUGAAGGACUGCAGCAUCAACCCCAAAUCACCACUCCUGUACAUCACACGGCCCAGUGAAGUAGAGAAGGGACUCCUUCCAGGCGAGGACUGGACAGUCUUCCAGUCAAACCAUUCCACCUACGAACCCAUCCUCCUGGCCAAAACCAAGUCGGCAGAAUCCAUCCCACACAUGAGCAUUGAUGCAGCACUCCAUACCACUGUGGUUCAGGAUCUGGGCCUCCACGAUGGCAUCCAGAGAGUCCUCUUUGGCAACAACCUCAACUUUUGGCUGCACAAACUGGUCUUUGUCGACGCUGUUUCUUUCCUCACUGGCAAGAGGCUUUCCCUCCCCCUGGACCGCUACGUCUUGGUGGACAUUGAUGAUAUUUUUGUUGGCAAGGAAGGCACACGGAUGAAAGUGGAUGAUGUAAAGGCUCUCUUUGACACCCAGAAUGAACUGCGCACCCAUAUCCCCAACUUCACCUUCAAUCUGGGUUACUCAGGGAAAUUCUUCCACACAGGUACGGACGCGGAAGACGAAGGAGAUGACCUGCUGCUCUCGUACGUGAAGGAGUUUUGGUGGUUCCCCCACAUGUGGAGUCACAUGCAGCCUCACCUCUUCCAUAACCAAUCUGUGCUGGCUGACCAAAUGACCAUGAACAAGAAAUUUGCAGUUGAGCAUGGCAUCCCCACUGAUAUGGGCUAUGCAGUGGCACCUCAUCAUUCAGGGGUGUACCCAGUCCAUGUGCAAUUGUAUGAGGCCUGGAAACAAGUGUGGGGGAUCCGAGUCACCAGCACGGAAGAGUACCCUCACCUCAAACCAGCCCGCUUCAGACGAGGCUUCAUCCACAAUGGAAUCAUGGUUCUCCCACGGCAAACAUGCGGCUUGUUCACACAUACCAUAUUCUAUAAUGAAUACCCUGGUGGGUCCAAUGAACUGGAUAAGAUCAUCAACGGAGGCGAGCUUUUUCUGACCGUGCUACUUAACCCUAUCAGUAUCUUCAUGACUCACCUCUCCAAUUAUGGAAACGACCGCCUGGGUUUAUACACCUUUAGACACCUGGUCCGCUUCCUCAACUCCUGGACUAACUUGAAGUUGCAGACACUGCCACCUGUGCAGCUGGCACAGAAGUAUUUCCAGAUAUUCUCAGAGGAGAAAGACCCUCUAUGGCAGGAUCCCUGUGAGGACAAACGCCACAAGGACAUUUGGUCCAAAGAGAAGACCUGUGACCGGUUCCCCAAGCUGCUAAUAAUUGGUCCUCAGAAGACAGGUACCACAGCUCUCUACCUGUUCCUGGGAAUGCAUCCUGACCUGAGCAGUAAUUAUCCGAGCUCAGAGACCUUUGAGGAGAUCCAGUUCUUCAAUGGGCAUAAUUACCACAAAGGCAUUGACUGGUAUAUGGAGUUUUUCCCCAUCCCUUCCAACACCACUUCUGACUUCUACUUUGAGAAGAGUGCCAAUUACUUUGACUCAGAGGUAGCACCCAGGCGGGCAGCUGCACUGCUUUCGAAGGCUAAAAUAAUCACCAUCCUCAUUAAUCCAGCAGAUCGGGCCUACUCUUGGUACCAGCAUCAGCGAGCACAUGAUGACCCAGUUGCCCUGAAAUAUACCUUUCACGAGGUGAUCACAGCUGGGCUUGAGGCCUCUCAGAAGCUCCGGACGUUGCAGAAUCGUUGCCUAGUACCAGGCUGGUAUGCUACCCACAUUGAACGGUGGUUGAAUAAUUUCCAUGCUAACCAGAUUCUUGUUCUGGAUGGCAAGCUGCUACGCACAGAACCAGCCAAAGUGAUGGAAACAGUCCAGAAAUUUCUCGGAGUGACAAACAUCAUAGACUACCACAAAACUCUAGCGUUUGAUCCUAAAAAAGGAUUCUGGUGCCAACUACUGGAAGGAGGGAAAACCAAGUGCUUGGGGAAAAGCAAAGGAAGGAAAUAUCCAGAGAUGGAUUUAGAUUCGAGAGCGUUCCUGAGGGACUAUUACAGGGACCACAACAUAGAGCUAUCCAAGCUACUGUACAAAAUGGGCCAGACUCUGCCGACGUGGCUGAGGGAGGAACUCCAGAACACAAGAUAGCCACUUCUUAUCUCCUGUAUUGAGCAAUAGUAGAAUGAGUCUGUGCGGAGGAUCUCGGAACCUGUAUGCCGAGCCAAAAGGAUGUGAUAAUGGUGUGGGAUGACAUACACAACCAGGGAAGAAGCGUUUUGAGCAAUAUCCAUUCAAGAUCAUCUGGGGGAAAUGGGGCAGCGGAGGGAAAUAGCAGGCCCAUUCAGUUAAAUGCUGUAGCUUGGAAGAAGAUGGCCGCCUGAGACCAACCACCUGAGUUGAAUGACUUCGCUACACACCUUGGCCGAAGCCAGCUCUACAGCAACCUCUUCCAUCUUCCCCAGGAGUGCUGUGCUUUACUGCUAGUGUUGAGGUUGCCCCCUGUAGUCUGUAAUGCCACUUCCUGGCGAAGAGGAUCUGCUCAAGGAUCUGCUCUUUCUCCGCAUCUGAGUCCCAUCACCUGAAAUAGUAUUACAGCAAGCCAGCUCCUUCUUAACAGAUGAUGGAGAAGGAAGAAACGAAGGACUGGCCGGCAGCCAGGGGGCUUUGCUUAGUAACAGCUCCCGCCCCCAUGGAAGUUUGGAGAAGGGACCGCGAGGGCAGUAUGACCUUGGAGCUGGAUUGGGGAGUGCCCCUGCUGCAAGCAUGGACCUACUUUAUGCAAUUUGGGAUAAAGCCCAGACCGGACUGGGAUGGUGUUACUCAGUAGAGUUCUUAGCUGAAAGAGGUGGUUUUUUUAUAUAUAUACAUGGUGACUUUGAAAAAGACUACGGUGCUGGCAAUACUUAGGUUAUACAAGAUGGAUUUCCCACUCCGGUCUUCUUAUUGGGGGAUUUUUGAGAAGGGUGUGCACAGGGGAUGGGAGGGGGAUAAGGAUGGGGAAGACGCACACAUCUGUCCAAGCGAAAUCACUCCAGAGGGUUAUCUUAACACGCUCUCAUCCUGCACCCCUGCCUGCAGCCACAAAAUUUUUGUGUGAGUGGUGGUUCCUGUGGUUAAAAGACUGACGCCAUUCAGUAUCCUAGCUGCUCUUCGCGCACAUGGCCCCCCUCCCAGAUCAUGAAAAGGAGGCCUGGGGUGUACACGACAGCCUUGGACUGGCAGCUGCCAAAAGAGGUUACUUAAGAACUUUGAACCACUUGAGCACUAAGAUAAAACAGUAUUUUAGUAACUUUCCUUUCCCAGCCAGAACUAUGGAUGCCGGAGUCUGCAUUCCAGAUUAGGUUCUUUACUAUUAUUAUUAUUAUUAUUUUGUCCCUUUUGUCGCUGCAGAGAAAGGCCAUGGAUUUGGCUGAGCAGCCUGAUGUCCAUGUUUUCUAUUGCUGCCCCAGCUCAGUGGCCAGGGUUGAUGGGAGUCCCAACAGGAGUCUGGAGGGUACUGGGGUGGGAAAGGUUGCCGCGGAGGCUGGAGACAUUAACGGCAUCAUUUCCCUCAGCUUCCCUUUCACUGGUUUCCCCAGCCAGGUGCUUCUCCAUCCUGCACACGGCCCACCUAGUGACUCCCAGUCACACAGGGCCUAUUCUUCCCCCUGACACUGUGCCUGAGCCCCAUCUAGUGGAUGAGUCGAGAAACAGCAGAUGCCUUUCAGCUCUACCUUUUUAUUCAGUGUCUUUAUUUAAACAACUGUAACCAGUAAGGAAUAUGCAACUGCUCGAGAAGGAAAAAUGGAAUUGGAGAUGGUGACAGUGGAGGGUUACUCAUGUUGAGAUGAUGCCUCUUCUUCUUCCUGAUUAAAUUGUUUCUCAUGUGGCCUUCUACACUACGGAACUUUUGACAAUGGACCCAAACUACGCUGACAUUGAAGAGACCCUUCCUUCCCAGGAACACCUACCCCCCCCUUUCAAAUAGGAAGAGCAGAGUAGUCAGUACGAAGGCGUCAUACUUUGAGAAAUGGCCCUCUUGGAUCUGCCUGUUUCUCUCCCCCACCUCCCUGUUCAAGGAAGCUCCUUCUUCCGUGAAGCCAUGUGCUAGGAUAUAAGCAAGAGAGCACUUUCUGUUUGUAGCAAUAUGGGCUGUGCCACAUGAAGGUUGCGACCUCUGCCAGGUUAUGCCACGAGCGAUGGAGCCAAAGCAAGACACCUCUGCGUUCUAAAUACUGAUGACAUAGAAAAAAGGGAGAGGAUAAGAGAGUUCUUGCGAAAGGGGCACAUGAACAAGGAGUGCAGAACCCCGUCUGCUGCAGGUUUUUGUCUCCUCAGCUGAGCCCUGAUAUCAAAAGUGUGCUUACCUGGGAGAAACGUGCUUUCAGUGAGAGGGACUGAAAGGAAGUGAACCGUGGCUGGGAAAGGGCGCUGUGCUCUUUUAAAACGCACAUGCCCCUCUUCCUCAACUAUUUCUUGCAUGGUAGGAGCGGACCUGCAUUCAAAUAGCAUAUGCUAUAGUCCUGUCUAGUCUAGCCCUGUGUCACCUGCAUGUGUCCUAUGUUGAAGGGUUUUGAAACCUGGAAUUUGACCAAAAAAUCCCCCCUCCCCUUAAUCUGUGGAUUUCUAGCUAUUGGGCACUUUGUCGUUUUAAAGGGGAGCCUUCAUGUUAGCAAUAGAUCUGGCAACAGGAGUUAGUAUUUGGACAAGUAACCUUUAUAAGCGUCGCCCCCCCCCUUGCCCAAUACUGGUAGCAGUCUUAAAACCUGAAGCUCAGGGCCAUCUUUCCUGCUCAAUUAAAUCUAGUGGUGAUGUGCUUUGUGAGCACUACAGGUGAGAAGCCAUAAAUAAGCUUAGGAGUGCAGUUGAACUGGGGAAGUAGGCCUGUCACGGGAACUGUACUUUUAAACAACCAAACGAGUAAAGUAAUCUGCAUGUGGGACAAGUGCUCCUGCUGCUGCUGCUGCUGCUGCUGCAAUUCAAGGCCCUGCUGAGUUAAUUUUGGGCAGAUGUCGGAGUGAAUGAAAGUGACAAGACACAGGGAAUCCUGUCGUAGCCUUUCCCAGUGUUUGCAGCCUAAGGCACAGGGCCAGAAACUGCUAUCCUGUACAAAUUUAAUUGCUACUCAGAUUGAAAAAGGACAAAUCUAUAAAGCAGCAGAAGCAAGGAAGGCUUGGCUGCAGAAAUGUGGCAGUGGACAGGGGUGGGCAGUUGCUGGGGUCUACAGUCAUACCUUGGUUUUCAAACCGAAUGCAUUCCGGAAAUCCGUUCGACUUCCAAAACGUUCGGAAACCAAGCUGCGGCUUCCGAUUGGUUCCAGGAGCAUCCUGCAGCCAACCAGAAGCCACGCCAGAUGUUCAGCUUCUGAGGCAAGGCUCGCAUACCGAAGCACCUACUUCCGGGUUUGCGGCAUUCAAGUUCCAAGUUGCUCAUGAACUAAGCUGUUCGAAAACCAAGAUACGACUACUUGGUUGGUUUUUCCACAACAUGCACUGAACAUUUGCAAAGUGGUUCAGUGGGGCUUUUAGAAUUGGUUAAAAGGGGUGAGUACAUGCUCAGCCCAGGAGUUUUUCCAUUACCAUAACUGAUCUCUCGGCCUUUUCAGUAAACACACACACACACACACACACACACACACAGAGACAGAGACAUAAAAGUUCUUACUAUUACCAUGUUGGAAGUUGGAAACCCUCACUGCAAGUCGCCCAGAGAUCUGCCCUUGCAUCCUGAUCUACCUUUUGCUCACCCCUGCUCUAGGAGACUUGCUUUAUGACAAGAUAGCAUCCUGGGCCUUUCUUUCUCUCAUAGUUUCCACAUAGUGUAUUGACCUUGCUGCAGUUUUGAUGCUUGUUUAAAAUCAAUCCUGUUGAAGGCAAAAACAAACAAACCUGUUUUAGUGUAAAAGUUUCUGCAAAAUAGUACCUUUCCCUUUAUAGGGGGGAUAUUCUUUACAGCUGAAGCCCAAGAGGCUGUGAAGUCUCCUGUCCGGUUCUUGACCCAUGCCCGUCUCUCUAACGUCCAGUAAGGUCAAGUCACAGGUUUAGAUGCUAAGUAACAUGAAAAGCAUGGCCUCAUUUAUCUGUAUGAAGGAUUCAUAUGGUGGCCCUCGCUAGAUCUUCAGGAAAUUGCUUUAACAGGUAAUCUGCAGAGCAAUGGUAGCUGCAGCCCAAAAGUUUGUCCCCAUUGCGAAUUUUGUGAGCACUGUGCACACAAAAAGCAGCGAAAUGAUGCAGAAGUUUUGCUUUUUUUACAAAUGGAUUUUGAAUUUAGCUCCUGAAGGUAGCCGCUGUGUCAGGUUCAGGCAUCACAUGGCCAAAGCGGUAAAUGCAAAAAAAGAUGAAACCUUUAUUACAUGAUCAUUGUUCAAAAGUAUUAAUUUGUCCUGCUCCCAAAAGCUGGUGUGGUUUAGCCUAUACAGUGUGAGGAGAAAUCUGCCUUUCCACUGGUCAGCAACAUUCAUAAGGCUGAGCAAAUGUCAGGCAUCUUGUCAAUAUCUGGGUUUUUAAUGAGGACAAGUGUUUUGUUACUGGGUUUGUUUGGUUUGUUCUUUAUAAAAGGACGAGCGCUCUGAAGAUUUUUAUGUUUUGCAUGAGAUUCUGUAUGGCUUCCCAUGGGAAGGGGGGUAUUUUCUUGGUGGGAAGGGAGGAAAGGGGAGGGAAUACAUUUAAGAGUCUUUCUCCCUUAUUUUUAAUCUGUACUUGAACUCAUUUUGGGUUCAGAAAACUGUGUCACUAAUGUAAGGUCCUGUUGAACUAACUGCUAAUAAAAUGGGGUUGUCUGUUUUUA